AUGACGUCGAAUGGGAUCAUUGCAAGAGAGCGCCUCGUAGUGCAAGUUGGACGAAAUCGACUGCGCGUUGCUAGCAACCGCGCACAAGAGCACGAAGCGUUCCAGUUAAUUGUACAUCCGGAAUUCAUUAUCAACGGAAUUCAACACAAUAUCGCACUUAUUAAGCUCGCCACCGACAUCACCUACACCGACUACAUCCAACCGAUUUGCUUGUGGAAUCGGGGCGAUGAUCUGAACGCGAUCGUUGGUUCUAGGGGAACGGUGAUCGGAUUUGGUAUUGAUGAGACUGAUGAUACUUCUGACACACUGCGUGAAGCUACCAUUCCCGUCGUUAGCCAUAUCACCUGCAUCGAAAGUAACCGGAAAGUGUUUGCCUCACUGCUUACCUCGAACAUGUUCUGCGCUGGUAAUCGCGAUGGAAUCGGCGCAUGUAAUGGUGAUGCAGGAGGGGGUUUAUUCUUCAACUUCAACGAUGUUUGGUUCAUUCGUGGAUUGAUGUCUUUCGCAAAGCCUCUCAAAGAUGUGGCUACAUGCGACACGAAGGAAUACACCGUGUUUACCGAUGUGGCAAAGUAUUUGAGUUGGAUCGAGCAACCAAGCAAGCCGGUCUUAACUGCAAGUUUAGCACAUAAUAGCUGUGGCAAUAGGCAGGUGGACAACUUGCUUAUUGUUAAUGGUACCGAAGCAAAGGAUGGCUAUUGGCCGUGGCAUGUGGCCAUUUUUCACAACAAUGCUCGUUCAUUCGUUUACAAAUGCGGAGCGGCUCAUUGUGUUAUGACGUCGAAUGGAGUUAUUGCAAGAGAGCGCAUCAUAGUGCAAGUUGGACGAAAUCGACUACGCAUAGCUAGCAACCGCGCACAAGAACUCGAAGCCUUCCAGUUGAUCGUACACCCCGAAUAUAACAUCAAUAGUCAUCAACACGAUAUCGCUCUGAUAAAGCUCGCCACCGACAUCACCUACACCGACUACAUCCAACCGAUUUGCUUGUGGAAUCGAGGUGAAGAUCAGAAUGCGAUCGUUGGCACUUGGGGAACGGUGGUUGGAUUCGGUAUUGAUGAGACCGAUGAAGUUUCUGAUAUACUGCGUGAAGCUACCAUUCCCGUCGUUAGCCAUAUCACCUGCAUCGAAAGUAGCCGAGAAGCUUUUAGAUUACAUCUUACUUCUAAAAUGUUUUGCGCUGGUAACCGUGAUGGAAUCGGAGCCGCAAACGGUGAUAGCGGAGGUGGUUUAUUCUUUAACUACAGUAACACUUGGUUCAUUCGCGGUGUUGUGUCCUUUUCAAAGCUACGCCAAGACUCCACUAUUAGCGACACUAAGGGAUACACCGUGUUUACCGAUGUGGCAAAAUACUUGAAAUGGAUAAAACAACACCUGCGAGGAACAGGCGGUCACUCGAUAGGAUAA